UGAGGUUCAGGGUAUUAAAUGAUGAGCACAGAGGGAAGAAGGCACAGUGAAAAUGGCUCUCUACCAAUUUCUGUGUGGUUCAGCGGUGAUGAUCAUCCUCUUAUCCAAUGGAUGUCAUUCACAACAGCAGCCAGCAUGUGGCCGGGCACCAAACAACCCCAGAAUUGUGGGAGGUCAAAAUCUGGCUGCAGGAAGUUGGCCCUGGGUAGCCAGUAUACAAGUGAAUGGCAAGCACCGUUGUGAAGGGUCCCUGAUCAGCGAUAUGUGGGUUCUGACUUCUGCUUCCUGCAGCUUUUACCGCCCCAACGAUGUGACGGUUGUUCUGGGCCUCGAAAGCAUGUCUGGUCCAAACUUGAACAACGUGUCAAAGGCAAUUGAUAAGAUCAUAGUCCAUCCUUUGUACGACAUAUUGGAUUACUACGGGGGGGACCACAACAACGACAUGGCUCUUCUGAAGCUGUCGAGCCCGGUGAACUUUACAGACUACAUCCAGCCGGUGUGCUUGGCCUCUGAAAACAGCACCUUCUACACCGGUGACAGCAGCUGGGUUGUUUCUUUUGGUGCCAUCUCAAGUGGUGGCCCUUAUGCCGACACCCUGCAGGAAGUGAGGGUCUCAGUAGUGGGAAACAAUGAGUGCAAAUGUUCCAAACAGUACUCCCCCUAUAUCACAGACACCACUAUCUGUGCUGUGUUCAGAUCUGGAGGGAAUGAUUCAUGUCAGAAAGGCUCAUAUGGAGCAAUGAUGAUCAAAAAGGGUUCAGUCUGGGUCGAGAUUGGCAUCGUGAGUUAUGGACGACGCUGUGCCACUCCGAAUGUUCCUGAAGUGUACACCCGUGUGUCCCAGUACGUAGACUGGAUCAAAAAUCACACUGGCUCUAGCAAACCCGGCUUUGUUGACUACAUGUCCUCAGGAGUUGAUAGCGACUUAAACUUUGUCUGUCAACCAAUCCCCACCCCCACCCAACACCCCUAUCCCACCACCCAUUACCCCCAUACCACCGAUGACGACAGUUUGUUUGGCAGUGGUGAGAGAGUGAUCUCCUCACUCGGUCUUCUCCUUAUGUCUCUCUAUGUGCUGGUCGGAGGCAUAUAACAUGGAGAUGUUGAAGUAAGACAAGUUUAGGGUUUCUGUGCCCAAAUGGCUCAUUCACUUGAUUUGAUAUGAGCCCUAAUUGUUCGAAAAUAGAAAAUAUGAUUUAAGAUAUAUAACUGAAAUGUUUUAAUUAGCGAUAACCCUUCUUGUGAUUUAAAAUAAUAUAAUAAUUAAAAUGUGAUUUUCCUCAUUUCUUCCUUUAAUCAAAGUGUUAAACUUAUCUUGAUUUCAUUUCUGGUGGAAAGUCAAUCAUUUUGCAGAUGACUGGAUUAAGUUUGAAAAUAAAUGUUCAAAGAUUUUGCAUUGUCUUGUAAAGAUUGUUUUUCCAGACAUAACGGGAUAAAAAAAUAAAAUAAAUAAUUAUC